UAUGACGUCAUCGUCACUUGCGGUCUAGUCCAGUUUCUGUUCACUUCGUCGUCCACUCGUCGUCCAUUCCUCCCAAUGUCCUUUGCAGAUAUUUCUGUUUCUCCUUCGGACCCAUCCAUCUCGUCAAAUCUCGGCGGGUUGUCUCUGCUCGUCGCCUGGCAGCUCAAGGGCAAAACUGUUCUCAUCGUCGGCGGGGGAGAAGUCGCGUCAGGACGCAUUGAAGCCGUUCUUUCCGCGGACGCAAAGAUCGUUAUUCUCGCUCCAGCCAAGGGCCUUCACCCUCGAACCAAGCGAUUCAUUGAACUAUAUCCGGACCGUAUCACAUACUAUGACCGUCGUUUCUCUGGGCCCGCAGAACUCUACAAGAUGGACAUGGUCCUUACUGCUCUCGACGAUCCCAGCAGUUCACGCCAAAUCGUCGAGCUGUGCCGCGAGCAAAGAAUACCCGUCAACGCUGCAGACAUACCUGAUCUAUGCGACUUCUACUUUGGUGCUCAGAUACGCGAUGGUCCCUUGCAGAUCAUGAUAUCGACCAACGGAUCUGGUCCCAGAAUAGCAGCAUUACUCAAGUCAAAACUCAGUGCCGCCUUAGGCGGCUAUGAAGGCGAGGCCAUCAGGCGAGUUGGAGAGUUGAGGGUCCGCCUGAAGGAGCGUGCACCUGGCAUUGGAGGAGCUGUUAGUCGACGCAGGAUGAAGUGGAUGUCUCAACUAUGCAACGAGUGGGACAUGGAGGAUUUGACUCAACUGGACGAUGCAAUGAUUGCGAGGUUGCUUGAUGAAGGGUGGGAGCGGAAUCGCGUACCGUCUUUGCAUGACGUUGGUGGAAAACCGAAAGUCAAGCAAGGGAAGGAUAACCCUCAGUCGACCUGCCAGGAUCUUGAUGCAGUCCCCCAUGGUAGUUCCACGGUACUGCCAGCUACGUUGGGAUUCAUAGUAGGCGGCGUGUCUGUCGCUUUACUGCUUAUGUAUCAUCGCCGCUGAGAGGUGUGUACUCUAAAAGGUUUUAGUAUAUUCAUUCCAUUGAUUACAUUUAGUGAUCAUUUGAAUGUAACGGUCUAAAAGCAGGAAAAUCGCGACAAUAGUGAAUCUGUACAGUGCUAAUUGGUCGACGAGUGUCCGACCGAUCGUACGAGUUUACCAAAAAAUCACCCUUUUGGCACAAGUCCAAUUUGAGAAACCAGCCUCCGCGUGUGUGAGCGCUGGGAGGGAGACAGUACUGUACAUG